UCACCUAUGAAAUGAAAAUUUGUACGCAGAAAUGAAGGGUUUGAUAUGGGCUACGGCAGAAGACAUGGCAAAAAACCGUGGGCGUGUUCUGUCCUUGUAUCGGGAGAUACUGCGAAGCCUCAAUUCUCCCAAACUGGAACUGAGUUUAGCAGCAAGGCUUUCGAAGAAGGCGGAGGCUCGUGCCAUUUUCAUGUUGGGGUCUGAAGAGCGAUCCAUUCACAACAUUGAAGACCUCAUUGACACUGCUGAGUACGCGCUUUCUCACUUGANACAUUGA